UUCAAACGUCCUUUCUUCAACUUCCUAGCGGGAAGCAGCUGACGGGGAGCUGUCCACAGGCAGAAGGAAUCAAUGGUAGACACAGCAUCUGAUCCAAGAAAGAUGAGACUGUCAAGAGCUGAAUACAAACAGAUAGUGAGGUGGACAGAACAACAGAGACCCACUCGUCAGUGUAUGAAGGUGUUGAAAGACAAGUUUCCCAAUCACUCGCAGUCCACUCUUCUGAGCAUCUUCUCCCUGGAGUACCAGAAACGAACAAAAAGAACAAUUUCAAGACACCACGCACCAGAUGUUAUUGAAAGCUACUACCAAAGGUAUCUGAGUGAAGCCAAGACACAGCCCACUGCUCCUGUCCUGCUCGACUUGGCCAAUGAGGUGGACCUGUCUCCUGCACUGAUGGCUCGUCUCAUCCUAGACAGGUUCCUUCUGGACCUGGAGGGUGGAAUGCCCUCUAAAACCAUCCUGAACAGUAUGCUGAAGGAGCCAUCUUUAAUCCCAGACCAAAUUUUGGCUAAGCAUAUCUACCAAUGCACAAUAAAUGACUGCUGUUAUGGACCGCUGGUAGACUGCAUCAAACAUGCUAUUGGACAAGAGCAUGAGGUUCUGCUCUGUGACAAACUGAAGGAGAGGAACCUUUCCUUCCUAGAUGAAAACCAGCUGAGAGCUAUGGGUUACGACAAAACACCUGACAUCAUCCUGGAGGUCCCAGUCGCUGUAGAGGGACACAUCGUCCACUGGAUCGAGAGCAAAGCAUCAUUCGGAGACGACCACAGCCAUCGCACAUAUCUGAACGAACAGUUCUGGAGCUACUGGAACAGGUUUGGUCCGGGUCUUGUUAUCUACUGGUAUGGUUUCAUAGGAGAGCUCGACUGCCAACGAGAUAGAGGUAUCCUUCUCAAAGACUGCUUCCCUACAGACAUUGUCACCCUGUGCCAUGCCGCCCAACAGCCAGAAUAAGGACAAUGACGUGAAAACAAGAUGAGAAGUGGAGCAACAAAACAAAAAAGAUGACGGGAUGAAUAGAAGGAAGGAGAGAGGAAGACGAGGAGGCGGGAAAGGAACACUUACUCUGAACUGUGCAGGGGUGGAUACCUAGAUCCGGAAGCAAUUUGGCUUUCCUGCAGAGUGAGACUACUGGCAAAAAAUCUGUGCUGAACUCCCACUGACCCUCUUUCUCUGUCUGACUCUCUCACUACUCUCUGCCUCCCUCCCGCUCUUCUUUUACCGCCCCAGAGCUACCAGAUGUAAAUACACACCGACACUCUGUACAUCUGACAGCGAAGGGUUAGAUUCAUACCUGCCUGUGAAAACACCAUCCUGGGGGCUUUUCUUUUCUAGUUGUGGUCAGUUCCUCGUUGGCCCCUGGAUGGCCUCUCACAGUGGACAGUCAGGGUGCGAGAGCCAGAGCCAGGGCCAAAGCAGGACAUAAGGGCCUUCCUUAUCGCACCCAAAGCCCUGGCCUUUGUCACUCCUUCCUGGCCCGUUCCAUGGGCAGAUAAGGGAGGUGCGGUCCAGGGGCUGGUGGACGCCUGUCUCUCACCUGCGUCACUCAGUGCCCUCUCAGUCACUCUCCAGCUCUCCGGGGGGGGGUUAAACAGGAUCAUUUCUGAUUAGAACUGCCCUCAUACUGACCCUGUUCACUUCAUGUAAUAAAACCCGCUAAAGACUUUUCUGUUGACCUUAGAUGUAUGACGGUUUGGGGAGCAUUGUUGAGAGGUCACAGUAAAAUAAAUUCAAAAUAAUUAGGUCAAUGGGUCACUUCCAUGAAUUCAUUCCAAGACUUUGUCCUUGUUAUGUUGAAUUAAAAAAUGCAUGUUGGUAAUUCAUAAAAUACAUAGGCUACACUGCUGUUUUUAUGCAUUUCUUGUUAAGGAAUAAAGUUUUAAUUGAUGCA